UUUGGAAAGAAAAUUCAGUUAAAAGUUAGGGAAACAAAUGGGGUAAGAAUCUGCAUGUUCUCUUAGGUUAGACUAACAUCAAGCAUUUGAUCUUAACAUUUAGCAUCUGAUUUGAAAGUUUCUUUUUGGGUGUGAGGCCUAUUCUAUCCAGGACUGUGGUCUGUUGUCAGCAGAUGGGGUUUUCCUCUUACAAAAUGAGCUUGGUUCCAGCUUCCUAGAGCUGCUGGGUAAGAGCCGGUUGCUCACCAGAGCUAAGGAGACAACAUAGCUGACAGGCACAGUUAGAGGCAGCUUUAAAUAUCACACACCCCAUCAUUUGGUGGGUGGGUGUGUUGUCGCUAACUGUACUUCCACUUCAACAAAGCAAGUGAUGAUUUCAGACACACUGCUAGGAUACUGCCUCUACUCACUGAAGCAGAAUCCUCUGAAGAGUUGCUGAGGCAGAACUGAAAUCAUGGCUCACCUCAAAGAAGCAGCAGUAUUGGCCGUUAAUGAUGCCUCACACAGAAAGACGGUGCUCCUUUAACUGGGGGUUUUAAUGGGAAGUUUCUAAGCCUGAAACAACAGCUUUAGACCUGGGGUGUGCCAUCAGCUGCCUUGCAGCUACCACUGUCUACUGCUUUCACACGGCGUGGUCGGGAAGAAAGGAAUCUAAAGAGGCUCGUAACUACCUGUAACUGUUCCACCAGGACAUGGAUCAAGUAUGUAUUCGGCCAGAGCCAGUAUUGAAGUUAGACUUUAUUUCCUGAGCACCCACAAAUGGACCUGACAAAGGGAAGGCACAGAUGUUCUAUAUGAUGGGGAAAGCCUUUCAGGAUUAAAAUACAGCUAUAACUCAGCCUCUCCAGGGUGCAGCCACUAUGACCUCCGCAGACUGAUGAUGGAAGAAAAGGAAACCAGGAGAUCCUGUGCUCUGGCUUCCCUGGACCAUGGAUGGUGGACAGCCCAUCCCUUCUUCACUUGUGCCCCUUGGGAACAUAUCAUCAGAUUCUAGCAUGUCUCUGGAGCAGAAAACAACAUUUGUUUUUGUGAUUUUGUUGUUUAUUUUCUUGGGCAUUCUCAUUGUCCGGUGCUUCCGGAUUCUUUUGGAUCCAUAUCGAAGCAUGCCAACCUCUACCUGGGCUGAUGGACUUGAAGGCCUGGAGAAAGGGCAGUUUGACCAUGCCCUUGCUUAGGAGGAAUGGCGAAGCAUCUCCUCCUGAGGAGGUGAAGUGCCUCAUGUCUCGGCGAGGAUUCCCUUUCUUUAGUGUUCUCAACAAAUCAAAUUGAAACCAUAUUUGGUCCCAGGACCCUAAUCCAUUAUUCUAUAAAUAUGCAGUUGGGUUAAAGACAUUUGAGGAUGUUGGAAAUGGAUAUUUAUUUAACUAACCCAACAUAAGAAGGUUUAAAUUUUAUGUUUGCUCAAUGAAUGAAUACUCCUGAACUUGUGUGAUUGUGAAACCAAGAGCAUCAAUACUGACAUAGAUUUGCCGUCAAACAAAGCAUCACCUGAUCUGACUAGAGAAUAAAGCUAAAAAGGAUCUCAUAUGAAUCUGGUGACAAGGCUAGGAAGAGAUUUCCUAGCUCUAAUUAUGUCUCUGUUUUAUUUCAUGGGCCUCUGGGUCCUGAGAAGAAUGAGGAAGAUUGUGCUGAAUGGACCCAAAGUAGUUACUUGUUUUCUCCUAAAGCAGGGAGCAUUGGGAAGCAAUGGGAGAGCUUAAAAGAGAUGGUUCUGUCCUUGGUGAAUGUGAGUGAGAAUAUCGUCUUAUUUUUCAAGUGAAACUUAAUUCAAAGGCUACAGAGUUUUAAAAACUACUUAUCAAGCUAACUACAUUCUAUGUAUUCAUAUUAAUAACAUGUAUAGAGGUAGCUAUACAUUACCUAAUUUACUUUUUACACAAAUGAUUAAAAUAAUAGGUUGCUAGUAAAGAUUCAAGGUUUUCUUUUUAAUGAAAAGUUAAUUGUUUAGAGGAGAUGACUUUUACAGCCUUCAGAGGAAUGUGUAUUCAUGAUUGCAUAUAGUCACCAAAUAAAACUUUUCAUGAAACAGAAA